AUGGCAGGAUCCCAAAGUAUAACCAAGUAUUUUUCUCUUUUUUUUUUCCUUCUUUUGUUGCAGCUGGUCUCCAAUGUUCUCAUCUUCUCCUGUACAAACAUUGUAGGCGUGUGUACCCACUACCCAGCAGAAGUGUCCCAAAGACAGGCUUUCCAGGAGACGAGGGAAUGCAUACAAGCCAGGCUGCAUUCUCAAAGGGAAAACCAACAGCAGGAGCGUCUCCUGCUCUCUGUACUUCCUCGACAUGUUGCCAUGGAGAUGAAAGCUGACAUUAAUGCCAAACAGGAAGAUAUGAUGUUUCAUAAGAUCUACAUCCAGAAGCAUGACAAUGUCAGCAUACUCUUUGCAGACAUAGAAGGUUUCACAAGUCUGGCCUCCCAGUGCACUGCUCAGGAGCUGGUCAUGACGCUGAAUGAACUCUUUGCCAGAUUUGAUAAGCUAGCAGCAGAGAACCACUGUUUACGUAUCAAGAUUCUGGGUGAUUGCUAUUACUGUGUGUCUGGGUUGCCAGAAGCAAGAGCCGACCAUGCCCACUGCUGUGUUGAAAUGGGAAUGGAUAUGAUAGAAGCCAUCUCGCUAGUCCGGGAGGUGACAGGAGUAAAUGUCAACAUGAGAGUUGGAAUCCACAGCGGGAGAGUGCACUGCGGGGUCUUGGGCCUUAGGAAGUGGCAGUUUGAUGUGUGGUCCAACGACGUUACGUUAGCCAACCACAUGGAAGCAGGGGGCAAAGCUGGGCGCAUCCACAUAACCAAAGCAACCCUGAACUAUCUCAAUGGAGACUAUGAGGUGGAGCUGGGCUUUGGAGGGGAACGCAACGCUUAUCUGAAAGAGCACAGCAUUGAGACCUUCUUGAUUGUACGGUGCAGCCAGAAACGGAAAGACGAGAAAGCCACAAUAGCCAAGAUGAACCGUCAGCGGGCUAAUUCCAUCAGCCAUAACCCAUCACACUGGGGUGUUGACCGGCCAUUUUACAACCACCUUGGAGCUCACCAGGUCUCCAAGGAGAUGAAGAGAAUGGGUUUUGAGGACCCCAAGGACAAGAACACACAGGAAAGUAUGAACCCUGAAGAUGAAGUGGAUGAGUUUCUGGGCCGUGCCAUCGAUGCCAGAAGUAUCGAUCGGUUACGCUCUGAGCACGUGCGCAAGUUCCUCUUAACAUUCAGGGAGCCUGACUUGGAGAAGAAGUACUCCAAGCAGGUGGAUGACAGGUUCGGAGCCUACGUGGCUUGUGCCUCCCUAGUCUUCCUCUUCAUCUGCUUUGUUCAAGUCAUAAUCGUGCCACACUCUACGUUUAUGCUGGGAUUUUACCUGACCUGUUUCCUGAUCCUGACCACAGUGGUGUUUGUUUCGGUCAUUUACUCCUGUGUAAAGCUUUUCCCAGCUCCACUCCAGACGCUUUCUAAGAAGAUUGUACAGUCCAGGACCAAUAGUACCUUAGUUGGAGUCUUUGCUAUUAUCCUGGUUUUUCUAUCUGCCUUUGUCAAUAUGUUCAUGUGCAGCACUGUGGAUCUUGCCAGCUGCAUGGCUGCGGAAUACAACAUCACUCCUGACCGGGUGGACAUAUGCCUUAUCAGCAACCUGACUUCCAACUACAGCCUGGGUACCUUGCAGGGAUUCUGUGACAGUCCUUUGCCCAACUGCAACUUUCCAGAGUACUUUACCUACAGUGUCUUAUUGAGUCUCCUGGCCUGCUCUGUGUUCCUUCAGAUCAGCUGUAUUGGAAAACUGAUCCUUAUGUUAAUCAUUGAAUUCAUAUAUGUUCUCAUUGUGGAAGUGGCAGGGGUCAACCUUUUUGACAAUGCAGAUCUCCUGGUUACAGCUAACACCUACAUAUCUACAAAUGGAACGUUAUCUUGCUCUCCAGUGAUGACACGAGUCGCGCUGAAGAUUGUGACCCCUGUCAUCAUUACCGUCUUUGUCCUGGCGCUGUACUUGCAUGCCCAGCAAGUGGAAUCCACUGCAAGGCUUGAUUUCCUCUGGAAACUCCAGGCCACUGAAGAGAAAGAAGAAAUGGAGGAGCUGCAGGCCUAUAACAGACGCCUCCUUCACAACAUUUUGCCAAAGGAUGUGGCAGCCCAUUUCCUGGCGCAGGAGCGGCGAAAUGAUGAACUGUACUACCAGUCCUGUGAGUGUGUGGCUGUCAUGUUUGCCUCCAUAAGCAACUUCUCAGAGUUUUACGUGGAGCUGGAGGCCAACAACGAAGGCGUGGAGUGUCUGAGACUGCUCAAUGAGAUCAUUGCCGAUUUCGACGAAAUAAUAAGUGAAGACCAGUUUCGGCAGCUGGAGAAGAUCAAGACUAUCGGCAGUACUUACAUGGCUGCAUCAGGCCUCAAUGAUUCCACUUACGACAAAGAAGGGAAGACACAUAUUAAAGCUCUGGCUGAUUUUGCCAUGAGAUUAAUGGACCAAAUGAAAUACAUUAAUGAACAUUCAUUCAACAACUUCCAGAUGAAGAUAGGCCUCAAUAUUGGUCCUGUUGUAGCUGGGGUGAUAGGAGCACGCAAACCUCAGUAUGACAUAUGGGGUAACACAGUGAAUGUGGCCAGCCGGAUGGACAGCACAGGUGUGCCUGACAGGAUUCAGGUAACCACAGACAUGUACCAGGUUUUAGCAGCCAACAACUAUCAGCUGGAAUAUCGAGGAGUCAUUAAGGUCAAAGGCAAAGGAGAAAUGACCACCUACUUUCUAAAUGAAGGGCCUCCAAUUAGUUAGCACCGACUGCAAGCAUCGCUCAAAGAUGGAAUUUGCAUUACGCGAGAUUGUGAAUCGGAGAAGAAUCGCUUUUCUUGGCAGUGAAGCUAGAAACGCAGCGCAGCUGAAAUUUCACACCAUGACUCUAGAGCUGGUAUCAGCAAACUCUUUGGCCACCCAUCAUGAAAGGAAAUCGAAAGAAACCACCUCGGAAUUGUUCCUGACUGAGUGCUAAGUCGACCAAAGAUGUGUACUACAGAGUUCACAGAUAAGACAUGAAUUUGGAAUUUUUUUAAAGGCUGCUACCACGGGAUGAUAUAAGAAGCUAUUUAAGUAUUUAUUGACGCAACACAACAUUUACUUGGUUGAAGGAAUGUAUGAUUCACUACAAAGCAUUAUUUUGGAAUGGAUUUGCACUCCCAUAAUGUUUCCUUCCCAUACUGCCAGCUAUUUGAAGUGUACCACUGUGCUUUUAUUAGCUGUUUUGAAUGGGCUUUCAAAAUUGACACCCACUGUUGCCGCACACAAAAAGGCCUUUAGAAGGGCAUCGGUAAUGUUUUAGCAUGAAAAGACAUUAUAGCCCUGGCCCCCUCUUCUCCUUCUUCGACGUGGCUAAAUGACUGCUUUUCUGAGUGGGGCUGGCACAUCAGAUGAAGCAGAAGAUCAAGAUCAAGAAAGAUGGCUCUACAACCAUAUUUAUUAAAAAGUCUUCUGUGCUCUUCUUUGGUAUAUAUCAGUUUACAUGGGAAAGACUAGAUGUAAACAAGAGACAUUUUGUGGGGAGAACUCCCCUGAAAUUUGAUGUGGGUUUUUU